CACACUUAUCCAGAACUAGAUCGGCACACGGCCGAUCUCGCGGUCUCAGCUUCGGCAUGGCCACGGCGGCGCCUCACGUCAUGGUGUUGCCGCUCGCGGCGCAGGGCCACGUGACCCCGUUCAUGGAGCUGUCGCACCGCCUCGUCGAGCACGGCCUCGAGGUCACCUUCGUCUGCACCGAGCCCACCCACGCGCUCGUCCUCGGCGCCCUGCGACUGCGGCAGGCCACCGUGGACGGGAUCCACCUGGUCUCCAUGCCGGACAGCCUGGCCGACGGCGACGACCGCCGGGACCUCGGCAAGGUCCUGGACGCGCUCGCCCGGUGCAUGCCGGGCUACGUGGAGGAGCUCGUCAGGGAGAAGAAGGUAACGUGGCUCGUCGCCGACGCCAACCUGGGGUCCUUGUGCUUCGAGGCCGCCAAGAAGCUCGGCGUCAGGGUCGCAUCCUUCUUCCCGGCGUCCGCGGCAUGCCUUGGGACGUUGUCCAGGAUCCCCCAGCUCAUAGAGGAUGGCUUCUUCGACGACAAAGGCGUCCCGAAGCGACGAGAGGCGGUCGAGCUGGCCCCCGAGAUGCCGCCGGUCUACACGUCGCACAUGCUGUGGAGCGUCGACGGCGGGCCCGAGGUGCAGCACGUGGUCUUCCAGCUGGUGCGCCGGAACACCGAGGCGGCCAGCCUCGCCGACGUCGUCGUCUGCAACUCGUUCCUCGAAGCGGAGGCCACGGCGUUCGAGCUGUUCCCUGACAUACUGCCCAUCGGCCCGCUGCUCGCCGACCCAGGAAAGCCCGUGGGGCAGUUCCUGCCGGAGGACACGAGAUGCCUCGGCUGGCUCGACGCGCAUCCCGACAGCUCCGUCGUGUACGUGGCGUUCGGCACGUCCACCGUCUUCGAGCCCCGCCAGUUCCGGGAGCUCGCCGAGGGGCUGGAGCUCACCUGCCGGCCCUUCCUGUGGGUGGUGCGCCCGGACUUCACGUCCGGCGCCGUCAUCAGCAAGGCGUGGUUCGACGAGUUCGAAGGCCGCGUCGCCGGCAAGGGCAUGGUCGUCAGCUGGUGCUCCCAGCAGCAGGUUCUGGCGCACCGGGCCGUGGCGUGCUUCGUGUCCCACUGCGGAUGGAACUCGACGAUGGAAGGGGUGAGGAACGGCGUGCCCUUCCUGUGCUGGUCCAGACUGAAGGUCGACCAGUACACCAACCGGAGCUACAUCUGCGACAUCUGAAGGACCGGCUUGGCCGUGUCGCCUGGCGAAGAUGGGGUCGUGACCAAGGAGGAGGUGAACACCAAGCUGGAACAGGUCAUGGGUGACCAUGGCAUCGCAGAGAGGGCACGGAUGCUCAGGGACGCAGCUCGCAGGAGUCUCGGCGAGGGCGGCUCCUCGUAUGAGAAUUUCAGGAGAUUCAUUAGCCUCCUAAAGGAGUGAGCUGUGUUUCAAAUUAACUUUGCAGGUCAGGAUGCUCGCUCCCAGUGAUCUGAUGUUGGUAUCCCAUUUUUGCUAUCUCUAAGAGGAAGAAACGAUGCCGCGACGUGGCUCUUGGUGGCGGGAGCCAAGCAUCCAGGGAAUGUACUCGCUAGGGAGUAGGGAGUAGCAUAGUGUAGUACAGUACACAUAUGCCGAUGCAUCAACGCGCCAGAGCCGAAAAUUUUUCUCUCCCCUAAAAAAAAUCUCUCUCACGUAAUUUUUUUUCUUUUUUAAAAAACCAGAUGUGUUUUUGUAAGACAAUGAUUUGGGGAACCAGCUCAACCCUCUAGGGUGGCUUAUAUCAUAUAUAUAU